AAAACUUUCCAAGCCCCAAACGUCGCGCCCAUUUGGGCUUCAACCGCAACAAUGGACGACCUCGAGAACCUCGAGUUCCUGUCGCUCGUGUCCAAGGUCACGUCAGAGAUUCAGAAUCACUUGGGCGUGUCCGACAAGACGCUCGCCGAGUUUGUCAUCGACCAGCAUGCCAGCGCAAAGGGCGUCGACGAUUUCAAGGAGCAGCUGGAGGCCAUGGGCGCCGAGUUUCCACAGAGCUUGGUGGAGAGUAUCGACCGUCUAAUUCUGACGCUACAUCCGAAGUACAAGAACAAGAGCGCAAAUGGGCCCAAGGCAACUGAGGAUGGGGACGAGAGUCGCGACCGCAAGACACGCGUAUUCAAGGGCCUCGCUAUUGCAGACAAGGAAGUCGAUUUCAGCGAUUCUGAAGAGGCGCCCGCGGGCAAUGCGCCGGAGCCCGACGCGCUGGACGACACGUUUGCCAUGCUGGAAGGCCUGGCCGGGAAGGGCGCAGGAGCAGGGAAGCCCAAGGAACAGUCGCGCAAACGCAGCAUGAGCCCAUACAGUAGCGACGAUGACAGAGGAAGCAAACGUCACAGGCGCAGGGACAUGGAUCCGUCACGGUCAAGAUCGCGCAGCCGCGGGCGCCGGCAGCAGGACCACGACAACCUGGUUUUUGAGGACGAGUUCGGGCGCACACGAAGCGUGAAGCGUCACGAUAAGCAGCGAAGCCGCAAGAAGUACAGGGACGAAGACCUCGAUGAGUUUCGCCGACCGCCCACGCCCGAGCUGGACGACGAGCCUGUCCUGUACAAAGUAUACAACGGCAAGGUCACUGGUGUGAAGGACUUUGGUGCCUUUGUCAACCUGCAAGGCGUAAAGGGCAAAGUCGAUGGACUGGUGCAUGUCUCGCAGAUACAGGAGGGAGGGCGCGUCAACCACCCGUCUGAUCUCCUCUCAAGAUGGCAAGAGGUCAAGGUCAAGGUCAUCAAGAUGGAGAAUGGGAGGCUUUCGCUUUCGAUGAAGGAGGUCGAUCAACGGACAGGCCGCGACCUUGCACCCUCGAAACGCAUCGAGUCUUUUGGAUCAGGCGCAAACUCCCAGGCGCUUGGAGGCAUCCCGGGCCUUAUGGAUGGCAGUGUGCCUGUGGUCGAAGAUGGGUUCAACGGCCGAAAUAAUGGCAUGCGAAAGCGAAUGACCUCACCUGAAAGAUGGGAGAUCAAACAGCUUAUCGCUUCUGGAGUCAUUCCAAAGUCAGAUUACCCCGAGAUUGACGAAGACUACAACGCACACAUUGCCGGCGAAGGAGGCUUCGAAGAAGAGGAAGACGUUGAUAUUGAAGUGCGCGAAGAGGAGCCGCCCUUUCUGGCUGGUCAGACCAAGCAAUCCCUGGAGCUGUCUCCCAUUCGAAUCAUUAAGGCACCUGACGGUUCACUCAACCGAGCAGCCAUGUCUGGCGAUACGUUAGCGAAAGAGAGACGAGAUUUACGGCAACAAGAGGCUCAGGAGAAGGCUGCGCAAGAAGCUGCAAAUGUGGACCUUAGCAGUCAAUGGAACGAUCCUAUGGCCCAACAACGACAGUUUGCCAGUGAUCUCCGGAACACACGAAGAGAUCAGCCUACUGAGGCUAUGCCUGAGUGGAAAAAGAUAUCAAUUAACAGCAAAGACGCCUCGUUCGGUAAGCGAACGAACAUGAGCAUCAAGGAUCAGCGAGAAUCGUUGCCAGUCUACAAGUUCAGGAAGCAGCUGCUUGAGGCCGUUGCUGCACACCAGAUUCUGAUCGUUGUUGGCGAUACAGGAUCUGGUAAGACGACACAAAUGACUCAGUAUCUGGCAGAAGCAGGCUACGCGAACGAACUCGUCAUUGGCUGCACACAGCCUCGACGUGUGGCAGCCAUGAGCGUUGCAAAGCGUGUUGCUGAGGAAGUAGGUUGCAAGCUCGGCAACGAAGUUGGUUACACCAUUCGUUUCGAGGACAACACAUCACCAGACACACGCAUCAAGUACAUGACUGAUGGUAUCCUGCAAAGAGAGAUCUUGCUUGAUCCGAUGUUGAACAAGUACAGUUGCAUUAUGUUAGACGAGGCCCACGAGCGUACUAUCGCUACUGAUGUUCUCUUCGGACUUUUGAAAAAGACACUGAAACGACGACCAGACAUGAAGCUUAUCGUCACUAGUGCUACGCUUGAUGCCGACAAGUUCUCUGAAUACUUCUACAAGUGUCCCAUCUUCUCGAUCCCUGGACGAACCUUCCCUGUCGAAGUCAUGUACAGUCGAGAACCAGAGUCCGACUAUCUAGACGCCGCUCUAGUGACGGUCAUGCAGAUCCAUUUGACAGAGCCUGCAGGAGAUAUCCUGCUCUUCUUGACAGGUAAGGAAGAAAUUGACUCGUCUUGCGAGGUCUUGUCCGAACGCAUGAAAGCUCUUGGGCCAAAUGUGCCUGAGCUUAUGAUCCUACCCAUUUACGGUGCCCUUCCUUCGGAAGUGGCAUCACGAAUCUUCGAGCCUGCACCAGCUGGCACUCGCAAGUGCGUCAUCGCCACCAACAUCGCCGAGACCAGUCUCACCAUCGACGGUAUCUACUACGUCGUGGAUCCUGGCUUCGUCAAGCAAAGCUCGUAUGACGGCAAGCUCGGUAUGGACCGCCUACAAAUCACACCGAUCUCGCAAGCGCAAGCUCGCCAAAGAAGCGGAAGAGCUGGAAGAACAGGUCCAGGAAAGUGCUUCCGUCUGUACACUGAGGCUGCUUUCCAGAAUGAGAUGUUACCUACCACAAUUCCAGAAAUUCAGCGCCAGAACCUGUCGAAUACCAUCUUGAUGCUCAAGGCUAUGGGCAUUAACGACCUUCUUCAUUUCGACUUUAUGGAUCCGCCGCCAACGAAUACUAUGCUCACGGCCCUCGAAGAGCUCUAUCAACUCGGCUCGCUCGACGAUGAAGGCUUGCUCACUCGCCUUGGCCGUCAAAUGGCUGACUUCCCUAUGGACCCCACCCUUUCCAAGUCACUCAUCAAAAGUACAGAGCUGCAAUGUUCCGAUGAAGUUCUCACUAUCGUCGCCAUGAUCAGCGCCACACAAUCAGUUUUCCACCGCCCUCGAGACAAGCAACAACAAGCAGACCAAAAGAAGCAGAAGUUCAAUGAUCCUUCCGGUGACCACAUCACACUUCUUAACGUAUACAACGGCUGGAAACAGGGUGGCUUCAGUACGCCAUGGUGUCAUGAGAACUUUGUUGUUCCGCGCAACAUGCAGCGCGUCAAAGACGUGCGAAACCAAUUGCUGCAGAUCAUGGCACGACACAAGCACACUGUCGUAUCCUGCGGGCGCAACACAAUCAAAGUCCGCCAAGCACUGUGCUCAGGGUUCUUCCGCAACUCUGCUCGUAAGGAUCCUGCGGAAGGCUACAAGACGCUCGUCGAGGGCACACCAGUUUACUUGCAUCCCUCAUCUUCGCUUUUCGGCAAGCCCUCAGAGCAUGUGGUGUAUCAUAGCUUGGUGGAGACGACCAAGGAGUACAUGCAUGUUUGCAGUGCAAUUGAGCCCAAGUGGUUGGUGGAGGCUGCACCUACAUUCUUCAAGGUUGCGCCCACGGAUAGAUUGAGCAAGAGGAAGAAGGCGGAGAGGAUUCAGCCCUUGCACAAUAAGUUCCAGGGCGAGGACGAUUGGAGACUGAGUGCCCAGAAAAGAGCUGGUAGGGGAGGAGGUGGCACAUGGGGAUAAGAAUGGUCAGACUGGCUAAGUUUGCACAUGUUGUACUGCGUUGGGCGGCUUUUUGAUACCAAAUGAUCGGGCAUUUAAACAACUACCCAUUUUUAGUAUAUUCU